AUGGCGGGCAUUGGUAAGACUACUCUUGUGAAGGAAAUCUACAAAGACCAAUCAAUUUUGGAUCAUUUCAACCACCAUGUCUGGAUCACUUUAGGCCCCAGGUAUCAACCACAAGAAAUUUUGAUAGAUAUUCUAGUUCAGAUAUAUCCCAACAUUGAUAGAAUGAGUAUGAGAGAAGAUGAGGCAUUAACUAAGGAAUUGUGUGCAAUGUUAUCCAAUAAGAGAUGCCUCAUAGUGUUGGACGACGUAUGGAGCAUUGAGGCAUUACAGUUAUUGGAAGACUUGUUCCAAAAAUUCAAGGUUAAAGUUUUGGUGACAACUAGGAUAAGAUAUGUAACAAGAUUCAGACCAAUCGAUAAGAUUGUUGUCAGAAUGCGUCUACUAAACAAAGAAGAAAGCUGGAAUCUUCUUUGUCAAAAGGUCUUUGCUGAAGGGUCAUGUCCUCAUGCACUAGAGAAAGCUGGGAAGCGGAUUUCAGAGAAUUGUGAUGGUCUUCCUCUUCUGAUCCUCACAGUUGCUAAUCACCUAUCCAAAGCUGGACAAGACCUUAGACAUGUUUUCUCUACAUGGGAGUUUUUCAGUCCAAAUCAUGACAUAUCCAACUCCAGAAUCAUCAAGUUGUGGGAUGCUGAGGGGUUUCUUGAACCAAAACAGUCAGAAACUGUGGAAGAAUUUGCAAAUAAAUGUUUGGUGAAUCUUGUUGAUAAAAGUGUUGUUAUGGUCUGCCAAAGGAACUCCUAUUCUGAAUCUGAGACUUGUCGCCUCCAUUCUGUUUUCUGGCAUUUAUCAAACAGCGAGGCUGCAAAGAACAAAUUUUUUCAUGUCUUGGAUACUAUUGCUGAUAAUUCAAUGGAAGUUACAGUUGAUUUUGGUUUGAGGUUGCUGAGGGUGAUGGAUGCUCUCACAACGAGUUCCCAAAUUGGAGAGCUCCCUGCUUCCAUAUCAAAUCUUUGCAUCCUUCAAUAUUUGAUUGUCAGUGAGUAUUUGAGCAUCAAAUCCACUGAAGAAUUAUUGUACCUACCAGUUGAGAUUUGGGAUAUGAAAGAAUUGAAACAUCUUCAUGUCACAGGAAGAAGCCUAACUACUCCUCAAUGUGGUGUUAUUUUACCAAACCUCUCCACACUCUUAGAUGUGAGUGCUCAAAAUUGCACAUAUGAGCUAUUUCAAGGAAUUCCCAACUUAAAGAAGUUGGGAAUUCAAAUUGAACUGGACCCUGAUGAUCAUGGUAUUCCCUUUCAUUGCUUGGACAAUGUCUCCUCUCUUAGUAACCUAGAAUCACUCGAAUGUGUCAUCGUGAAUCCUGAGUUCAAGAUCGAGGUUGCUCCUAUUCCAAUGUUCCCAUUAGGUCUUAAAAAGUUGAGUUUGAGUGGACUAGGAUAUCCUUGGGAGCACAUGAGUGUGAUUGGUGAAUUGGAAAAACUCGAAGUGCUCGAAUUGCGAUGUUUUGCCUUCCAAGGAGCAAAAUGGGUGGCUGAUGCCUAUAGUUUCAAAGAGCUUCAGUUUCUUCUACUUGAAGAUAUGGAUCUGGUGCAAUGGGAAAUCGGAAGGCUCUCCUUUAACAAUCUCGAGUUUCUAAGUAUCAAACAUUGCUACCAACUGGAAGAGCUCCCUCAUAAUUUCUCAAGCUCUGUUUAUAAGAUUGAAGUAGUUGACUGUAAUACGUUUGUGAUAAGAUGGGCUGAGGAAGUGAAAGAGGUGGACUUGAAUAACAUGCAUAUUUCAAGAGCUUUUUUAGAAGUUGAAGCUCAUGCUUCAUGGGAUGAUGCUAAGCAGAAGCUCAACUAG